AUGGAUCGGACAGCGGGCAAGGAGCUCGCCCUGGCGCCGCUGCAAGACUGGGGCGAGGAGACCGAGGACGGAGCGGUGUACAGCGUCUCCCUGCGUCGGCAGCUCAGUCAGCGCUUGAGCCCUGGGGCAGGGCCCGGGGGCAGCCAGGCCCCCAGCCCCGCUGCGGAUGCCUUCCUCCAUUACCGCACGAGCAAGGUGCGGGCGCUGAGGGCGGCGAGGCUGGAGCAGCUGGUGCGGGAAUUGGUGUCUGGAGACCACGAGCAGGACCCGGGCUUCGUGCCUGCCUUCCUGGCCACCCACAGGGCCUUUGUGUCCACCGCCCGUGUGCUGGGCCUUCUCCUGCCACCACCACCACCGCCCCUGCCUCCAGGGAUAGAGAUCAGGAAGACAGAGGGAGAAGGUCUGCGUGUCAACAAGAAUUUAAGGGCUGUGGUGUCCGUGCUGGGCUCCUGGCUGCGGGAUCACCCUCAGGAUUUCCGGGAUCCCCCUGCCCACUCGGACCUAGGCAGCGUCCGCACCUUUCUGGGCUGGGCGGCCCCAGCAGGGCCUGAGGCCCAGGAAGCAGAGAAGCUGCUGGGAGAUUUCCUGGAGGAGGCUGAGCAAAAGCAGGAAGAGGAGCCGCCUGAGGCAUGGGCAGGACCUCCUGGAGCUACCCAGACCCCCCGCCCAGACUCCCCGGAAGGCUGCUCAGAAGAGGAAGAAGCACUGGUGCGGGAAGGCCCUGAGCUCCUAGACUUCACUGUAGAUGAAGUGGCCGAACAGCUGACGCUGUUGGACGCGGACCUCUUUUCGCGCGUGCGGCCCUGCGAGUGCCUGGGCUCCGUGUGGUCACAGCGGGACCGUCCAGGGGCCACGAGCGCUGCCCCCACGGUGCGCGCCACCGUGACCCAGUUCAACAUGGUGAUCGGUUGCGUGCUGGGCUCCGUGCUGGGAGAGCAGGGCCUGGCCGCCCCACAGAGGGCGCAGCGGCUGGAGAAGUGGAUCCGCGUCGCCCAGCGCUGCCGGGAACUGCGGAACUUUUCCUCGCUGCGCGCCAUACUGUCCGCCCUACAGUCUAACCCCAUAUACAGGCUCAAGCGCAGCUGGGGCGCCGUCAGCAGGGAACAGUUAUCCACUUUCAGAAAACUUUCGCAGAUUUUCUCCGAUGAGAACAACCACCUCAGUAGUAGAGAGAUUCUUUCCCAGGAGGAGGCCACCAAGGGCCCCCAAGAGGAGGAUACCCUCCCAGGAAGCCUGCCCCCAAAACUGCCCCCGGGCCCUGUCCCCUACCUUGGCACCUUUCUCACGGACCUGGUUAUGCUGGACACAGCCCUGCCGGACAUGCUGGAGGGGGAUCUCAUCAACUUUGAGAAGAGGAGGAAGGAGUGGGAGAUCCUGGCCCACAUCCAGCAGCUGCAGAAGCGAUGUCGAAGCUACUGCUUGAGCCCCCGUGCACCUGUCCUGGCUGCCCUGCGCACCCAGCGCCAGCUCAGCGAGGAGCAGAGCUACCGAGUCUCCCGGGUCAUUGAGCCACCCGCUGCUUCCUGCCCCAGCUCCCCGCGCAUCCGGCGGCGAAUCAGCCUCACCAAGCGCCUCAGUGCAAAGCUGUCCCGAGAGAGGGGCUCAUCCCCUGGUGGGAGUCCUGGGGACCCCUCCUCCCCCACCUCCAGUCUGUCCCCAGGGUCUCCCCCAUCUAGUCCUAGAACCAGAGACCCUCCUCCUGGCAGUCCCCCGGCCUCUCCAGGGUCCCAGGGCCCCAGCACCAAGCUGCCCUUGAGCCCAAACCUGCCGGGCUCCCGGCCCUUGACUUUGCCCCUGAGCAGCUCUCACAUCCCCUUACCGGGGCAGCAGGGAUCGGAGGCUCGAGUCAUCCGCGUCAGCAUUGACAAUGACCACGGGAACCUGUAUCGGAGCAUCUUGCUCACUAGUCAGGACAAGGCCCCCAGCGUGGUGCAGCGAGCCCUGGAAAAGCACAAUGUGGCUCAGCCCUGGGCCCGGGACUACCAGCUCUUCCAAGUCCUUCCUGGGGACAGGGAGCUCCUGAUUCCUGACAACGCCAAUGUCUUCUAUGCAAUGAGUCCAGCCACCCCUGGAGACUUUGUGCUGAGGCGGAAGGAGAGAGCCCAGCACACAACCACAGUCUCCUCAACCUGA